UUUCUUGAAAUUGCACACUCCGAUUUGUUGGAAAUAAAGGACCUUGUGACUGGCUUUGCUUGACUGGUCAUUGGUAUCUCAACAAGCAUGGAGAUGAGAUUAGAAGUUUUGACAUCAACAAGUAUCAAACAGAAAAAACCCUGGCCCAGAGUAUCCUGGUUGGGUCAAGAAAAUGAAGCUGUUUUUCUUUUGGAUGAGAAAUUCAUAAAUGAGAUUAAUUUGCUGUCGGGAAGAACAAAGAAGAAGAUUCCUAGUCUGCAGCCUUUGUUGAAGGAUGUUGUUUUCCUGGCAACAUCCACCAAUGAUGUGUGGCUGUCUGGGGUCCUCACUACUGGAGAGCUGUUCCUGUGGAACAAAGAUCAGGAUUGUUUGAAAAAGAUCCAGGUGACUGACACGCCUAAGGAGGCUGUGAAAGCUGCAGUAGCAAGCUCUUCAAGACUAUACUUAUAUGUAGCUGAAAAUGGGAAAAGAAUUCUGCUUAUUACGUCUUCUGGCUGCAUACUUCUGUGGGAAUAUUUGGAACUGAAGAAUAUCUUAUCUUCUAAAAGCCUUUCUUUGGUGGGUCAGUGGUCCCAGAUCCUGCCCGAAGAAGCAGUUUUAUUGCCUUCCACUAAAGAUAAAGAAGCUGUAGUGGAUGCUGUUUUUGUAAAAAAUGAGUUACUUGGCGACUGCUGCCUGUGUUCGUUUACUUUUUAUUCUGGAGAAUGCUUGAAGUUAACAUUUCUGGCUAUUCAGUGGUAUGAGAAUAUAUUUACAUCUGUAAGGUCAUUCCCAUUUCGUGUUCACUGGGCACAACAGGAAUGUCUUCUGUGUAAUCUGAUUCCUAAGUGUGCAUCAGUGAAGUCAAGAGGAGCUUUGAUCUCUGCCUUCUCAAGAGAUGGCCUUGCCCUAGCAGUAACUCUUAAUCAGAAAGAUCCAACGGCAACUCAGGUGUUAUUUAUAAACACAAUGAAUUUUGUUACUAUCUGUGGUGGCCUUAAAGGAUGUAGUAAUAAGAAUCCUGUGGUUCCAGCUACACUUACCAGGUCAUACUGGGUUGGUGACAUUAGCUGGACGCAUGACAGUCUAUUUCUGGCUUGUGUAUUAAAACGUGGCUCCCUGGUUUUAUUGACCUGCCUAGGUGAAUUGCUAACAUUAGUUACGUUUGGUUGCUCUAUAGAAUUUGGGCCAGCUGAAUUUAUUCCUCUUCAUCCACUAAUAACAUAUAGACCCCAGCAGCUUCCAUUUCAAGAUUCAAACAAUUGUGGAGACUCGUCAGCCUCUGAGAGUGACCCUCUGAGACAGAGGUUUUCUAUAAAAGCACACUCGCGGCUACCCUACCUUAUUAUCUCUGAUGGCUACAUGGUCACAACCCUUCGGUUUCUUGAUAACCAGUCUCCAACAGUGCUCAUGAGGACCUUGCUUCUUGAUUCAACCCAGAGGCUUGAGAAAGCCUACCAGAGGAUGAUGCUGUCGAAGCCCAAGGACAAAGGGCUGAAUUUGCGAUCUCUGGAUUCCUUGAGGUCUAGCCUGUUAAAGCGUCAAGGGAAGGAAAGUUCAGUACAAUGCGCUGUCCCCAGAUUUUUGCAGGUAGAAGAAACAAUGAAGUUAAAUGAAACCUCGGAUGUUCAGGAUUUUGAAGGAGAAGAAACUAAUGAAGUUGAACAAUUUCUAAACAGUUCAUUUUCUUUUGGUAACCAAAGAAAAGAUCUACUAUUUAAUAUUGUCAAGGAAGGAAGAUUGGAGUUUGCAUCUAUGUUUGAUACAGUUCAUGCAAAGGAUGAUUCCAAGGAGACAGACAGAACCACUGCAGAACUGCACUGUAUCCAGAAAAAACUACUUACAGCUUGGACUAUAGGAAUUUCAAAAAAUGUAACAGAAAAAAAGUUAAUGUUAAAUUACACAGUACUUUGCAUCACUCAUUUUUUCUAUAUUCUUCAGUUUAUAAAAUGUCCUUUGCCUAAGUUUGGCCUGUUUUUAAAUAAGAGUCUGAAGCAUAAUACAUGGGUACUUUGUAUCUUUCAACUUUUUCAUCAGUGUUUAUCAAUUCACUAUUGGGAUAUGAGGUACAGACAAAAUAUGGGCCAUUUGAUAAAGCUCACCACAAAUACUGUAAAGCUUUUAUUGACUCAGCCACAGACAAAUGGAUUGUUCUCAGAAAAGCUUUCAGCUUGCCUUUCUUUACUCCAAACUGUGACUGACUAUUUAAAUGGCAUAUGCAGUCUUCAGCCUGAGGCUGUUCCAGCAGCAGCAGGCGAAAGUAGACCAGCAGAGCUAGACUCGUUAAUGGUACCUAUCUUUCAAGCUUCUAAGGAAAAUUGGUCUUGGGGCUCAUCUUUAAAGAUUUAUCCUCAAGUGACAAAUCUUGUUCAGAAGCCAGGUCACAGAUUGAUUGCUCUUUGGAGACUAUUAUACAAAAAAACUUUAUGGUAUCAAGUGCAAUUAAGCCGAAGAACUCCUGAUGGUGACAGACAAUUAACUGAAAAUAUAACACAUGAAGUAUCUUUUGUCAAGACUCUGUUAUGUCAUGUCCAGACUAACCUGCAGAUGGCUGGGGAGAGCUUGAGUCAAGCCUUAGAACUUACACCUAUCAGUGGUGAAGAAUGUUUUCUGCUAGCAUCAUAUGAAAAGUCAGUUUGCCUAUGGAAGAAGGCUCUGCAAGAAACCCAAGAGAAAGGAGGAAGAAGGACGUGUCUUCUUCAGUUACGCUACUAUCUCUCUCUCCUAUACUGUCACCUCUACUGCUAUAAUUUGAACGAUGCUCAAGGAUUAUGUGAUCACCUAGUAAGAGAGAUACUCAACUGGUCCCAGCUACCUGUAAAAGAAAGUAAAGAUUGCUCAGAUUCUGAGAUUGCAGUGACUGGAAGUGUACACCCCGAGGCAGCAGUCAGAGUUGUCCAGUGUAUGGCCCGUUUCAUGGCUGCCUACUUCACCAAUGAGCCGCUCUUUAUCCUGCCGCCUCACAGCGUGAACAUCCUUCCUCCGCUUCAUGUGAAAACAGAGCAUUCCCUGCGACUGAUUCCUCUACAGCACUCUAAGGUGGCCAGUAUUGUUAGAGAUCAGAACCUCUCCAAUGUGUGGACAGUUGAAUAUACUCUCGAAUUAUUAUUUAUUGGUGGCCUGAUUCCAGAGGCUGUGUGGAUGGCACAUAAACUUGGAGACUGGAAAACGUCUGUUUCCAUUGGUGUGGCCUUCCAGCUGUUCUGUAAACAUUGCAAUUCUGGGCGGUCCAAGAAAAAGGGUAUGGACCUCCCAUUAAAUAUGAUACCGGCACAGAUUUUCCAGGAAAAGCUGCAGUGUUUUUUAGGUCAGCCAGUCUCUUUGGCAGCAAAAAAUGAAAAGGGCUCAAAAUAUAAGCAAUUUACAGAUCCCAUUGAAGAAGAAGAUGCUAAUCUGCUGUUCGGGUCUGUGCAAGAAGUGCUGAAAGCAUCAGUCAUGGCCGAUGCAGAUGUUGUUUCAGAAACACUACAGCUCUUGAUGGACUCCGCUAAGGACUUCAGUAAGAAGCUGUGGGGCUUAGUGCCCAUUGACUUGUAUCUUCCAGCGCCUCCAUUGUAUUGCCCGCAGCCAGCUGUUCUUAGUGAGGAACAUGGUGACAAUCUUCUUUUAAAAGCUGAAAAAGAUAAUCGCCAAAAGCUGUCUGGAAUCCUGCAGCGAGUUCUCUUGCUUUUCCGGGCAUCUCGGUGUUCUUUUCCUGUAGCACAGUGGUACAUCUUACAGCUGAGGUGGGCAAGAAAGGUCAUGCAGAAGAUUCGAGUGAAAGGCUCCCUUCCUUCUCUUAGUUCUUUCCCUGAAUCCUUACUCAAUUACUGUAAAGGAGGGAUAGCAUUCUUUAGACCUGGAGCAGCUGGAGACCACACGCUUGAUGAAGUUUCCAUCAAAAUCCUAGGUUGCUUCAGAGAACUUUGUGCUUUGUGCUGGAUGUUGCAUAUCCGGGAUAAAUUAUCAUACACUUGCAGGCAGUAUCAGAAAGCAAGAGAAAAUGCAAAGAUAGAAAAGGACCUCGAGGUGGAGUUUGAUUCUUGUGUGGUUGAGCACUGUUUUCAUGCACUGGAAUGGGCCUGCAGGAUGCUACCAUUCUCUCGGUUUUUUAAUAUGGAAGAACUUAUUCAGGAUAUAAUUUUGAGCCUUAUUGGAGAACUGCCACCAGUCAGAAAGGUAGCAGAAAUUUUUGUGAAAGCAUUUCCCACUGCCGAGGCUAUAAGGGUUCCUUUAAGAGAGAAAUACCACUCUCUUCAACAGACACUCAGACAUGCUGUUGUGAAAGGUCCUCAAACUGAGGAGCUGAUGUCUACAGUCAUGAGGUCUGCCCACAAAGUGAGGGUGAAAGCCCUAAAACGCGUGCAGAGGAACAUAGGCGCUUUUGAGAUGGAUAUAUGGGAGCCGGAUGAAGAAGAAAAACCAGCUGUUGCUCCUGCCGCUGACAGGUUUUCCCUGGGGACCAGUUUGAGCAGAAGUACACUCACGUUAGAACUGGGCAAUUCUCUGCUACACAGUGAUGCAGAUACCUUCUCUGAAACCUUGUCUUUUGAAGAAAAAACUUGGAUACACUUCUAUCAAAGGCAUGCCCCAAGUCGUAUGGAAUUAGCAUUGGUUGGUAAGCCCAGGGAUAGAAAGAAAAUAAGUAAUCAGACAGAAAACUCCCAAAGGAAAGAAGAUCAUGCAACAUCAGGGAAAGAAGCAUUGCCUGUAAUUGGUGUUUGGGAAUUUGAACGUGAUGAUGAUGAAUAUAUUAACUUCCUUGAGCUCUUCUUGAGUUAUGUUCUUGAAAGAGACCUUUGUUCCAGUGAUCCUGGCAUUCCAUUUUUGACGAGCUUUUCUGGGCGCCUUAGAGAAUAUGAACUUAAUUCUUUACUCUUUGAUGUACAUACAACAUUAAAACGACGCCAGAGCAAAACCAGCAGUGAGAGUGUGUAUAGAGCUGGUUCCUGCUUUGCUGUCACUCCUGAGUCACAGGAAUUUGAAAACCUGUCCUCUUUAAACAGUGUGGGUGCCCGAAAUUUAGAAAGCCAAGCCCUUUCAGCUUCAGAACUAAGUAAGCAGUCAGGGGGCACCUCAGAGAACCCUCUACCUGAAGUCGUGAACCUUGAAAGAACCGCAGGAUUGUUUGGCUUAAAACAAAAGCCAAUUUAUAGAGUUCCAGAUGACAGACGAGAGAAACCCACAGUGCAGAGAUCAUCAAGCCACUCCUCUUGGAUCCCCAAGUCCAUUAAAACCGUAAGACACAGGUUCCAAGCUCUGCAGUGCAGUGCUGGCCACCCUCGGGAAGACCUUCCUCUGGCACUUCAGAACAUGUUUGGGGAUGCGGGGAGACUGGUAGAGUGGAUGACCCGGUGGUCAGAUCGGAGACUCCUCUGUGACUCUGGGGUCACUCGGUCGUCCUGUAAAUACAGUCCAGUAAUUCGUGUGAAGACCUCUGCAGCUGCCAUUCUCACCUCAUUAUGGCUUCUGGAGCGACCCUACUCUGCUGCAUAUAUGGCAAGAAAGGGCGUUACUAAGGUUCUAGAGAAUCACACUGUGUCUCAAGUGGCAGCCGAGAGGGAGAGCAACAGUAAUGUUGACUUUCCAGUUGCAGUAGCAGCUCAGACAGGAACUGAGGAGAGAAAUGACCAGAGUGAAUGCCAUCAAAGCCUCUGGAAGAAAAUGCCAGCUGAAGCAGAACACCGUGGAGUGAAGGAAGCUGAGGGUGAGCUCAUUCCUGCGACUCAUAGGACUGAGAGAGACUUUGUAGAUGUUGACGAGAGUCAUUCAGAAGUAGAGUCAUUUACACAAGAUGACAUGGAUAUGCACAUCUCAGACUCUGAAGAAGAACCUGUUAGGAGCCUCAGAGGUCCCAGUGCUGCCACCUGCAUGCCAGUGUCACAGCUCUCGUCAGAGCAUUCCACAGAAGAGGCUCAGUGUUCCAGGAAAGAACCACUGGAGACCAGUGUGGAUACAAAAUUGACAGAACAGAAAGGUGCACAGAUUUCUGAACUUAAAGAUAAAUCAUCCACAGUUGCACCCCUCAUGUCAAAUGGAGCCCAGGUUACUUCACAAACACCUCAGAAGACUCAGGGAAAUGAACACAGGGUUCAGUUACCAGAUUCUUCUGAUUCUGUUAGGCAGAUGCUCCAAGAUGAGAUGUUUAAAUUAGUUCAGCUGCAGCAGAUCAAUUUUCUGAGCCUUAUGCAAAUAGUAGGACCAUCUGUUGCUAAUCUCCCAGGCAUGCAUGGACUUCUUCAGCAGGCACAGUCUGGGGAAAGCCAAGUAUCAAAUCCCACAAAGAGUGAUUGUAUUGAAGUCAACAGCAGACAGAGAGUUUUUGCUCAACCACAAUCUGUGAAAGAGUGCACCAGGGAGCCUGGCACGAACAGCCCACCAGACCAUGAAAGAACUAGCCAAUAUGAUCAAAAUAGUAAUGGAGACACACAGGAUAUUCCACAUGGGAGUACUCCUUUGUGUCAAUUAGAUGGUCAGCCUAAGGUGAGAAGACAAACUGGAGCAUCUCGAAGCUUCGCACCUACUUCCCUUCCUGCUCCUGCUGGAAAUACUGGCCUCCAGCUUUUGUUCACACCUGCUGCUGUCCAGAAGAUGCCUCAGCUCAUUCCACCUGCCAGAACAGUCACUCCUGGUAGUGGGUUUCCUUUGCUUCAUUUUCAGCCGAAGCAUGAAUUCAAGCCCCUUUCCUUACCUGUAGGAAGAAUUCCAGAAGUUCCUUUCAGGCCACAGGCCCAACCAAAAGAAGCUUGGGGCUUGUCAGACUGUUGGCAGCCUCCUGUGUCUCAGAGAAUAGUGCAUACCGUGCCGCCAUCUCCUUCAGAUUCGAGCCGUUAUAAUGCUAAAGCCAUGAAAAGAGCAGAGGCCACGCUCACGGGUGUCCUGAAGCCUGUGAGCGUGGACCAGUGCGCUGGGCAAGGGUUCCUGAAACCUCAGCAGGAUGCUUCAAUAUUUAUAAAGCCAGAGAAUGUAUUUGAUGUUAAACCAAGGCCCCCGGAGACAGCUCUUCAGAAUUCUUUUGGACUUCCUUUAUUACACCUGCAAUUUAAGCCUCCUUAUGUAUUCUCCACAUCAUCAAGAUCAUUAAGUAGAUUUCCCUCAGUACCGGGCACAGAAGGAAGAAAACAUCCGCCACUAUCAUUACUUCAUCCAUGCUUGCCCCCAGAGAAUACGUAUAAGAAGCCUCAACUUAUCCCACUUGAAAACCUCCUGGCAUUUAAAAGAAGCCAACAAAAACUAGCAUACAAUGUAUUUGAACAAGGUGAUUCUGCUCAUCUUCACUGUCUAAAAGUCAAUAUGGAAGCUUCUAAAAUACCCCAAGGAAAGAAGAGGCAAAGCAGACGAGCUGAAAGGGAGCUGCAAGAAGGAAGAGCUCAGAAGCCAAGAAGAAAACCAAAUGUUAGUUUCCGGCCAGAGGAUUCUCUCAUUAGUAAUGAGUCAGAAGUCAUCAUGAAACCCAAGGAACAACUAGGACAUCAUGAUUCUCAGCCUUUGGAUAAAUUUGACAUUCCUUUUGAAAUGUUAGAAGAUGAUGUUAAUACUUCAGCGGGACUGCAUUUCAUGGCCUCUGUACGAAAGAAAGCGGUAGGAAGUCAUGAUGCAAGUACAAACACAGACCCAGACAAGGAAGGUACUUCUCAAGAAGUUGAUUCUGAAAGUAAUAAAAAUCAACAAGUCAUUUCUACAAACUCAGGCCAUGAACCUUUGAAUGUUCCACAGCCUUUGAUUCCAGAUAUCUAUCUAAAUGUCAGACUUCCCACUGGAGUAUCAGAGAAACCUUUGUCUCCUUCCCCACCUCAUAUGGCUAGACACACGUUUUUAGAUGUGAUUGACAUUGAAGCUGAUGAUCUGUUGGGAUUACCUGCCAGCGAGGAGCCUUCAGAUGAUGUUACCAAGCAGCAAAGCUGUCCUCCUCCAGAGCUUCCAUCGUCUGCAGAGUUACAUUGUAUGGCAGCUUCAGUUGUCAAUGCUGCUCCCCCUCAUACUUUUCACAGUCAAGAAUCUGCAAGUUCUACUCUGGGUUUAAUUUCUGAACCUGCAAAAAUGACCCAAUCCUGUCAGAGUGGGGAAGGCUGGAGAAAAAGUGUUACAGAAGCAAAGGAGCCUGAGAUUCCCUCCGUGAUGGCACCAGACAGGCAACAGGAGGGAGGUAUACUAGAAGAAAACGUACAGUUCAAGGAACAGAGCACAAAUCUGGACUCUGUAGAACAGUCCCUGCUUUGGACCCUGCUACAGGAUGGUUCUCCUGCAUGUCCUCCUCCAAGCCCCGCUGCGUGUCCCCCUCCAAGCCCUGCUGCGUGUCCCACACCAAGCCCCGCUGCUCCAAAGUUUGAACAUCUUACUGCCAAGCUUCAGAAGAUGGAUGAGCAGCUGUUAACAGUGCAGACCAUUGCAGAAAAUAUAGAACAAGACUUCCCUGCACCAGAAGUGCUGAGUCUUCACUGGGAAAAGGCUGGAGUGGUGGAUCAUGUUGGAUUAUCUUCUGGCCCUGAAAUUGAAAAGCUACUAGCUUCAAAAGCCGUCAGCAUUUCUGAAGAAGUGUCUUUCCAGACUCAAGAGGAUGUGGAAGAUCAAAACGAUACAGAGAAGACUUCAGAGACUGAAUUUUCAGUACCAGAAAAUCAUUCUAGCCAGAAAACCUUUGCUUGCCCUUCUGCGGGGUCUGCUGCUUGCUCUUCUGUGGACUGGAAUAUCGCUUCUCCCGGUGUGAAUAACAGCAAUGAAUUAUUUGAAAGCGUUUCUGAAGAUCAACUCCAGGUGACUGGCUUGACAGAUAUUGCUGACAUCAUUGAUGACCUUAUAACUAAGAGUGGAGUGUCCAGCCACGAGCUUGGCUUAACAGAAUGUCAAGCUAGAAAUAUAUCCAGGAUUCAGCAUCCUUCUGGCCGAUGUCCCCAAAGAACUGACAAGGAGAGAAGAGAGAUUAAAGCGUGGAUGAAAAGAAAGCAAAAGGAACGGAUGGCAGAGUACUUAGAUCAGCUGGCCGAAAAGAGGGGGCAGGAGCGCAACCCCUUCUGCCCCAGAAGCAGCCCGUUUUAUAUGACUUCGAGGCAGAUCAGGCAAAGACAAAAGAUGAAGCGUGAGAAAGAUAGGUUGCAGCUGUCGCACCACUAUAAUCAGCGAAUCUCACAAGCAUACUGUCUGAUGAAUGAACUGCUGUCUGACUCAGCACAGAUAACGGCACCUGCAGAUAAACGCUUACCACACAGACGCCCCUCUGCUCAGCAUUACACACGGCAGCAGUGCUCCCCUCCAAAGAGAGAGAGUUCACAUGGACAGAAUUUAUCUGUAAAUAGACCUGGAGGAGGCCGACGUAUUCCCAGAUCAAGUCAUCUCUGUAAGGGGGAGCCCUUGGGGCAGCCCCGAGGCUCAUCUCAGCUACGAGGCUCUAAUCCUCCAUGUCGGAGCCAGCGGGCCGUUGGGGAGGCUCCAGUGCAGCAGGCGUGCACAGAGGGUGAGAGGGAAGAGACGGUGGUGAGUCCCUGGACUCUGCCCUCUGAAAUCCACAGGAUUCUUCAUGACAGGUCCGGGUCCCUCCCACAGGACAUGUCACCAGCUGAAGAGGAAGAGCCCGAGCCCUCUCUUUUGGCGGGUGGCAUGGACAGCGUGUCUGAGAGCACUGGCAGCAUCCUCAGCAAACUUGACUGGAAAGCCAUUGAAGACAUGGUGGCCAGCGUGGAGGAUAAGAACCUGUCUGUGCACUGGGCCUUAGACCAGUAGGACCUGCAUGACAUUCUCUUUCCAGGCACUGGCCAGAGUCUCAGAGAUGUCCUCAGAGUUGUGUGGGUCUAAGGCGUGAAACACUGACAGAAAUGAGAAUUUAUAGCCUGCAGCGUUAGGCUUCUCUGGGUUAACCAUCCUAAGAUGGAAAAUAAACAUGUAUCAAUAAUAUUGCCUUUAUUAGGAAAGGUUGUUUAGAGAAAAGUAUUAUGUUUUGCAUGUGCUUCAUUUUAAAUACAUGUCAAGCCAGGUUUUCACAAUAUUUAAAUUAUUUUGAAUAAAAAAAUUGUAUCUGCU